AUGGCAGCCUACAACGUCUCGACUGCCUCAGACGGCACCCUCCUCUACUAUGCACCUAAUGGGCUCACUUACGCUGCGAACGGCGACUUCGCCAACUGCACCAUUUCAGUGUGCCCAGUCGAGCUCAGUGUGUACGGAUACCGGGCCAGCCUGCCAUUUUCCGCCACUCUCAUCGCUCUCUACACUCUAUGCGCUGUUGCUCAGACAUACCUUGGAUGGCGAUACAAGACCUGGAGCUUCAUGGCAGCGAUGCUGCUUGGUUGUUUUGUGGAGCUCCUGGGAUACGUCGGCAGGAUCAUGAUGUGGCAGAAUCCAUGGAACGACGGCGGCUUCAUUAUGCAGAUCGUCCUCAUCACCAUCGGCCCGGUUUUCUUCUCUGCCGCCAUAUAUGUCAUGCUGUAUCAAAUCGCCAUGUACAUCUCGCCAUCUUCAGCCCGCUUCUCACCAAAGAUAUACUACUGGAUCUUCAUCCCCUGCGACAUCGUCUCCCUCAUCCUGCAAGCAGCAGGCGGCGCCCUAUCCUCCACCUCUGACGGCGACUCAGGCCCCGGCGUCAACAUCGCCAUAGCGGGUCUCGUCUUCCAGGUCGUCACCCUAGCCACUUUCAUCGCCGCCACCGUCGACUACGCCUGGACCAGCAGGAACGUCGCGGCCGAGAAGAAGCAAGCCCUCAAGUUCAAGGUCUUCGCCGGGUUCUUCGCGCUGGCAACAAUCCUCAUCACCAUCCGUUGCUGCUACCGAGUCUACGAGCUCAGCGAGGGCUACAGCGAGGAUAGCGAGGCGCUGCGCGAUCAGCCGUUGUUCAUUGGCUUGGAGGGGAUGAUGGUGGUGCUGGCGGCUUGGUGCUUGGUGGUUGCUCACCCGGGACCAGUCUUCCGAUCUCUGGAGGCGAAGAUGGCGGAGAAGAAGAUCGGUGCUGGAUCUGACUCUGAGGGUGCCAUCGUGUGA